GGCUGGUAGUUGGCAUCACAGAAUAUUGUAUUUCCCCUCUUGAACUCUCAGGUCUCAACAAAAAUUUAGACCAUAUAAUCAAAUGGGGUUUUCUCCAAAACCAACACCCAGGAAAGAUUUCCGAUCCAUUACAUUGCCAUGCAGAUCACAUCCAAGCACCUACAGAAUCGAGAAAGUGCUGAAUAAAGUCAAAACAUGGGAGUCCACAUCAUCGUUAUCGAAUCCAUCUGCAGAAAUCAUUUGCAGCGGCGUGUUUCAACUGACGGAGUUGUAUGAAUGUUUGGAUGACCUUGUCAAAACAUGUCCUUCCAAAACUUCGUUAGAUUCCAGCAAUCAGAACAUGAGAUGGACGGAUGAGUUACUUGAUGUAUCUGUUAUUUUCAGCAAUAUAUCUGAUCUCAUGUUGCAGACAAAACAACAUGGGAGGGAUCUUGGGUGUGAUCUAAGGAGAAAUGGUGGUCCCGGCAUCGACAGCAUCAUUGAAAAUAACACUGCCUUCAGAAAGAAACUGAGAAGAGACAUUAGAACGUCUGUAGCUAGUCUGAAUCAAUUGGAUUACAUGAUUAGCUACUAUGCCUUGGUAGAUUUUGAAAACAACCAUCUGAUAUCGGUGAUCCGAGUGUUCAGAGAAGUUAAAGCAUUCACCGCUGUUAUUGUGCAAUUGUUGUUGAAAUUCUUGGCUAUUCCACUUUUGAAGAGAAGAUCGAGAAGCAGAUGGACAGCAGUCUCAAGAUAUAUAUCCAAAAGUAAAGUGGUACCAGAAGAAAAAGCUGACACUAAUAUAAAUGAGUUGCAACACCUUGAUGCUGUGCUAUUCAGAUACAGGACAAGUAACAAACUGGAAUUCAUCCAAAUCGUACGAAAGAAACUAGAGGAAUUUGAGGCUACUGUCGACGGCAUCAACUCUCACUUGGAAUCAAUAACGAGGCACCUUAUUACAACCAGUACCUCUCUUCUUAACUUCAUCUCUUUCUACUAGCCAAUAUAUUAUCAUUCUCCUGCAAAGAUCAAGCUACUUGAUCUCCAAAUAUUAGAUGAUGGAUAGAAGCUUUUUGUUUACAUUUUUUCAAAUUAUCAUGUAAAUCUUAUACAUUUGUUGAGCAUAGAGUAAAUAUUGUUAUAUUGAUACACCCUAUCAAUAUUUUU